AUGCGGAUCUUCUCACCACUUGCGUUGAGUAGCUUGGCUAUCUUGACUAAUGCUGCCGCAAUAGAUGAUUGUCUGAAGGCAGCCUCGGUGCCAGUGGAUGCAAAGGGGUCUAGCGACUGGAACAGUGAUGUCGCGCCGUUCAAUAAUAGGGUACCAUUCACGCCUGCUGCUAUUGCUGUCCCUACUACGGUGGCCCAUGUACAGGCUGCAGUGUCCUGUGCGGUCAAGACUGGUCUGAAAGUCAGCCCGAAAGGUGGUGGGCAUAGCUAUGCCUCUUUUGGCAUUGGUGGAGAGGACGGACACCUUAUGAUCGAGCUUGAUCGCAUGUAUGCUGUCACCGUAGACUCAACGACCAAUAUUGCCACUAUCCAAGCUGGCGCAAGGCUAGGACAUGUUUUCACCGCGCUGUAUGCACAAGGGAAACGUGCAAUCAGUCAUGGAACUUGUCCAGGAGUCGGCAUCGCUGGACAUGCUCUCCACGGAGGGUUCGGCUUUAGCUCACACACACAUGGAUUAGCUCUGGACUGGAUUGUUGGGGCCACCGUUGUCCUCGCGAAUGGAACUGUAGUCAACACUUCGGAGACCGAGAAUCCCGAUCUUCUGUAUGCGCUUAAAGGUGCCGGAUCCAGCUUCGGUGUCGUCACAUCGUUCAAGUUCAACACCUUCGCUGCGCCAUCACAGGUGACAGUGUUCAAUUCACAAUUGGGAUGGGGUAGUGCUUCAGCUGCUGCGAGUGGUUGGACGAAGAUCCAGGACUAUGCGCAGAACACUAUGCCAGCCGAGAUGAACUUCCGUCUCUUCGUCAACAGCUAUGGUACCAAUCUGCAGGGUCUAUACUUUGGCAGCCCGUCUCAACUACAGUCAGCUAUACAACCCCUUAUGAGCUCUCUCGGGGCAUCCCUAAGCCAAUCGCGGCAAACUGACUGGCCGGGCGGCUUUGCCGCAUACGAUAACGGCGACCCUGUCGACGUGUCGCAUCCUUACAAUAUGCACGAAACAUUCUAUUCAAAGUCCCUGGCGACCUCCGCUUUGCCUGCAGCGGCCAUGACGGCAGCAACAAAUUACUGGUUCAGUACUGCGCGCUCACAGAGCAGAGAUUGGUAUUUGAUCAUCGACAUGCAUGGCGGUAAAUACGGAGCCAUACCCGCGGUAGCUGCCAAUGCAACUUCAUAUCAGCCACGGGAUAAAUUAUUUCUGUAUGAGUUCUACGAUCGUGUCAACUUUGGAUCAUACCCAAGUAAUGGUUUCUCAUUCCUCGAUGGCUGGGUCAAUGCAUUCACCAGUAACCUAAAGCCUGAGCAGUGGGGCAUGUACAUCAACUAUGCGGAUCCGACUAUGAACCGCACAACGGCGCAGAAAAAUUAUUGGGGCUCACAUCUGCCAAGGCUGCAGAAGAUCAAGGCAGCAUACGAUCCCAAUGAAGUUAUAUAUUACCCUCAAUCGAUCCAACCUGCGAAGUAG